AGUAAUUGCAACAACAGCAAGCAUAUUCAGAGUAUAGAAAGAGAAGACCGGAUAAAUAUGAGUGCUAAUAAAUAUUCUGUGAUCUUACCAACAUAUAACGAGAAGAGAAACUUACCAAUUUUGGUUUAUUUAUUGGCCAAAACAUUUAAGGAACAAAACUUAGAUUGGGAAGUUGUUAUUGUUGAUGAUAAUUCGCCUGACGGGACCCAAGUGAUUGCUAAGAAGUUGAUUGACAUCUAUGGGGAAAACCAUGUUCAAUUGAGAGCAAGAGCAGGUAAAUUAGGGUUAGGUACUGCUUAUGUUCAUGGAUUACAAUUUGUAACUGGGAACUUUGUUAUUAUUAUGGACGCUGAUUUCUCUCAUCACCCGGAAGCUAUUCCUGAAUUUAUUGCUAAACAAAAGACGGAAGAUUUUGAUAUUGUGACUGGGACCAGAUACGUUGGUAACGGGGGUGUUUACGGUUGGGACUUGAAGAGAAAGUUAGUUUCUAGAGGAGCCAACUUUUUGGCAUCUACUGUUUUAAGACCUCAUGUAUCUGAUUUAACUGGUUCUUUCAGAUUGUAUAAGAAAGAAGUUUUAGCUAAAGUCAUCGAUGAAACCAAGUCUAAAGGUUAUGUUUUCCAAAUGGAAAUGAUGGUUAGGGCCAAAGCUUUAGGGUUCGCUGUAGGUGAAGUUCCGAUCAGUUUCGUCGACAGAUUGUACGGUGAAUCCAAAUUAGGUGGUGACGAAAUUGUCCAAUACUUGAAAGGGGUCUGGAGUUUAUUCACCAAUGUAUAAUAAAUAUACCUUUGAUUCUACUUUUUUUUCCUUUAAUAGCUUCAAUUCAUUUUUCACCUGUUAAUAUACAUACUGUUUUAUACCGC